AUGGAGGUCCGGUCCAGUCCAAGCAGAUGCACCUUCAAACAGCGUCUGAUUGAAAUCAGCCUGCAGCAUCUUGAUGAGCUGGGAGAACCUUUCUCUAAACACUGCAUCAGAGACAACGUUUUAAUUCCUUUUCCAAAGGAUGCAUACACGACUGCUGUGGAUUCGCAGGGAGAAAUACAGCUGGUGGUUUAUGAAACGCUGAAAAGCAUUAACAGCCUUUUUGAGAAGGAAGACACGCCGUCAACAUGGAACCAGAGACAACUAGAUGACUUUCAGAAUAUCGUUUUUCGUCAGCAUCAUGAAUUCAAGAGAUGUAUGAAGAGAAAUAAGGGCAGAAAAAGACUCUCCAAUUCCUCAUCCGGGGACAGGACUGCGCUGGUGAAGACCUACUUUAAGAAAAUGCAAAGAGUUCUGGAAGAAAAGAAUUACAGUUCCUGUGCCUGGGAAGUCAUAAGAAAAGAACUUAGACAGGUUUUACUAAUCAUCCUGGACCAAUUUUCUGACGGCUUGCUCAAUACAAGCAGAUGAGAAUAUUG